AUGCUUUUUCAUGUAAGCUCUUAUGGUUAUCGUAGACCUCCAAGAUACCUACCUCAAGAUACCUGUUCACAGGGACUACGGUUCUUUCUCAGAUUCUUGAUUAAACAUGGAGCAAGUGUGUCUGCCGUGAACAGUGAGGGAGAGCUGCCACUUGAUGUCGCACAGGAGAAAUUAAUGGAAAAACUGCUUCAAGAAGAAAUUAAAAAACAAGGUAUUGAUAUUGAGGAGGCUCGGCGAAUGGAAGAAAGAAUGAUGUUGAAAGAUGCUCGUCAGUGGCUUAACGAAGGCACAAAAGAUGCACUGCGUCACUCCAAAACUGGAGCUACGCCCCUUCAUGUAGCAGCUGCUAAAGGAUAUGUAGAAGUUAUGAAGCUGCUCCUGCAGGCAGGAUUUGACGUGAAUGCCACUGACCAUGAUGGAUGGACACCAUUGCAUGCAGCAGCACACUGGGGCCAGGAGGAAGCUUGUCGGAAACUUGUAGAAGAACUCUGUAACAUGGAUGCAAUAAACAAAGUGGGGCAGACGGCAUUUGAUGUGGCAGAUGAACAACUAGAAUCAGUGCUUGAAGAGCUCAGGAAAAAGCAGAAAGAUCUAAGAAGUGAAAAGGAAAAACGAGACAAGGUACAUUCAGCAGUCAUCGACACAAAUUCUGUGACUCUGAAUUCUGCAGUCAGGACGCGCAGGAGUUCUAUUUCUCGCAUGAGCAGCAGAGAGAAGAUCUCCCUCCAUGAUAAAGAGAGGAAAACGUUGGAAGCAUUAACACUGGAGCCACUGCCCAUGGAGCAGGUGAAUGAUGAAGAGGAGGAAGCAAGAAAGGAAGACUCCAGCAGCUCUAGCUCUGACGAGGAGGAAGAGGCAUCAGAAUCAGAAUCUGAGGCAGAAUCAGAAAAAGUUAAAACAAGAGAGAUGAUCAAUAACCUCAACAACAAGCUGAACAGUUCAUCAUUCUCUGGUACCUCCACAACUACCUCGCCCAGUGCUCUGACUAGGAAGAAUGAUAACAUAGUGAAAACUGCCCCUAAAGAAGAAGAGAAAAAGGAAGCUGUGCCAACAUCGUGGCGGACAUCUUUGCGGAAGACUGGUAGUUACGCUGGUCUCAGUAGUGCAGUUGCUCCCCUGGAAGAACAGAAAGGGAAGGACACAGGAAUUCCACGAUCAGCCUCUAGUCCAAGACUCACUGCUGCAGAAAUUGAGGAUAAAGGUGGAAGGGAACCCCGACUGGCACGUGUCCCACCUACUCCAACUCAGCGCCUUUUUGGAACGCAGGACAAUUCACAGGAAUCUACAAACAGGGACUCAUUUCAAUUUCCUCGGACAAGUUCUUAUUCACGGCAGCGGAUUGGCAGUGAGACACCAGACACUACUGUGGCAGGCUUGAGUAGAAGUUCUUCUUACACUCGAAGGUUAGCUGAGAUGGAAAGUGGGCGUAAGGAUACAACUGCCUCUCCAUCAAGUGAUUCACAAGGUUUGGGAUCUGCCUACCAAAGGAGUAACUCCUACCUGUUAGCGGUGGGACGCAGUAACAGUUCCCAGAAUUUGCCACUGAGACGCUCAGACUCACAACUGCAGUUCCCUACUCAGUCUACAAUAAAGACGAGCAUCUUCAGGAGCGCUUCUUUUGGCCGAAAAGUAGACAGCACUGUUCCUACCUCAGCUGCAUCUUCUCUACCUGCACAGAAUGUCACCUCCACGGCAGCUAGCCGAGUAAACACAGUGAAUGCACCUUCCAGCACUCUAAGCAGCAAUAUCAGCAGAAGCAGGAUUACUGAAGAGGUGAAGGAUAAGGCGAAUUAUUCUACUGCUCCUACAGUUCCAAGUACCACCAGUAUAAGUUCUUCAAACCCCACAAAUCCUGAAACCAAAGAACGACGCAGGUCAUAUCUUACUCCUGUGAGAGACGAGGAAGCUGAAGCUCAGCGCCGAGCAAAGUCACGCCAUGCAAGACAAUCCAGACGAUCUACUCAGGGAGUUACUUUAACAGAUAUACAAGAGGCAGAGAAGACCAUAAAAAGUCAGCAAGAGUCUUCUUCAAAUGUACAACCACAUGUAAAUAAAGAUAAUGAGAAAGCGAAAACUGAGGAAAACAAAGACUUGCUGUCACGAUACCGCUCUAACAGAAUGAAUGAGGAAGGGCAGACAGAAGACCGGUGGAGGUCUCGAAUUGCCAACUUACAAAAGUCUGACCUGCUUGGACUAACUGAACCUACUCAUCCAACAUCUUCUAUUGGAGGCUCCACUUACAGCCACCUGGGGUCACAGCAGAGGCUAGAUAACAAAGAGCUAGAAAAAGCUAAAGAAGAAGAAAAGGAUUCUGAUGAGAAAGGUAGUCAACCCAGAGCAGGAUCCCGUGAUCACAGGAGAAGACGUAGCAAUCGGAGGCCGACAGGCUUACCUGGUAUUACCAAAGAUAGUGAUGACUAUGAGGAAGAAGACUCUCAGGAGGAAGAGGAGGAUGAAUCAACAGUAAGAAGUAGCAGCGAAACACAAAGGCAAAUGAGUGACAGAUUAUCAUCCAGGACUGACCUGAUGUCUAACAAUCGCAUCUUGAAUAGAGGAACCCAGAACUACUCUCGACACUCUAACAUUUCCUCCAUCUCUUCUGUCACUGCCCAUUCAGAGAUAGAUGGUAAAACAUCAGACUUCAAGAAGAUGUAUGAAGACCUCAUGAAAGAAAAUGGCAGGUUACGGGACCAGCUUCAAAAGACACAGCUGUUAACAAUGCAAGCCAAAGCUGAUUUGGAGAAAGCAGCCCAGAGACGAGACAAUAUUGUUGGCAGGUCCAGUGCACUGGAGAAUGAGAAACGAGAACGUCAGCUUCUGGAGCAGCGGGUGGCAGAGCUGGAGGAAGAAUUAAAGGUUCUGACAGAUUUGAAAGCUGACAACCAAAGACUGAAGGAUGAGAAUGGGGCCCUGAUAAGAGUCAUCAGCAAACUCUCCAAAUAGCCUCUCUUCUUGUUAAAGCACUUCUGAGUUUGCACAGCUUGCUAUGACAAUGGAACUGUUUCUGAGGGCUAUAGAUUCACGCUGAGUCACCAUUGCUGGAUCUUGUUCUGACCUUUCCCUGCAAAGGAACGCAGUAGCUCAACAGCAUCUCUUCAUGGAGAAAAAUAUGUAUAACUCAGGAGAGUGCAGUAGGUGCUAAUCUGUUCUGUCCUGCGGAAGUUAUCACUCAGAGCUGCCCCCCAACAAUCUGCUGUCAUAUGUUCCACAGAUUUCUAUAACUGAAGAAAAUUGUGAUUGUUACAUCUCUGCAUUUUAAGUUUAGAUUUGAGUUAAAUACUUCUGGUAAAAUUAUCACAGAAAGCACUUACUUGUAUAUCAUUACCUUUUGACCAUUUAGCUGUCAACACUGUCUAGUGGAGAGAGAGUUUUUUUUUUUUUUUUUUUGUGAAAAGACUUCUUUUUCAGUGUUCCUGCUGUUUUGGGAAGGGGAUUGAUGUACUAAGCUAUAAGGCAAGUUUGGACAGACAAGACAUCUUGCAGAUGUCUUGAGUUUCUAUUACAGGACCUUUUUAUUUAAACUAUAGUUUGUGCAGGUUCAUAACUAAAAAGGUUUUGAUGACAUCUUAUUUUAACUACAGUCAAACUUAAAACUGCAGUGUAUGUUGGGACAUUUGUUUCCCUUUCAUCAAAGGAAAGAUUUUUUUAUUUUUCAUAGUUGUGCUCUGCAGAUUUCACUGCUGCAGGACAAAAUAACCUGAAUCAGCUGCUGAAUGAGAAGGAGCUGCACAUUUUUUUUUAAUGUUAGCUCUUUUUCCAGUAAGUGCAUGGGAUGUUGAGUGCUGAACAUUAUUACUUUUUGUGUGGCCUACAUUAUUCUCCAGUUUUGUUGAAGUAUUUCUUAAGAGCAAGUCAGAAUUGGGGUGUAUAAUGGAACAACGCCCUUCAAUGGCCAGGCAUGUCCCUCAGGUUAUUGCCCUUAACUGCCUUGACAUGAGGCCUGUGAAAAUAAGAACGUGAAGAUGCAUGCUUUGUGCUUGGAGUCAGCAAAAGUAAGUUUGUCAGCUGGGACAUGUCAUGUGUUUUUUUCUUCUCCCCCAACAAAUACCUGAAGAUGAGCAUGAGAGAUUACCAGUUUUACAACAGUGGCAAGCAACUGUUUUAAAGAACAUCAUAUGGUCUGGCUAUGCAUUGUUUUGCCACACUCCCUCUCUUUUUCAAUCAGAGUUAUAUCCAACUACUCUUGUGUGUACUAACACACACCUUCAUAGUGUAGUUGGUGUUGUAUUCUGAGAAAAGCAUCCAUCAUAUUUGACAUUACUAUGUCAGAAAUGUCUAGAACAGCCAUAUGUAGGGUACAUUUGUUUGCAUUGCACUGCUUUCAAGAUGAAAUGAGAAAUCUGUGUUGACCACUGGACUUUUUAUUCAUUGUAAUGUGCCUUAUGCAGUAUAGGUAAGCCAAACCUUUUUAAUAAACAUUUCAGGUACACCCCUCCUCCCAGUAUUACCAAAGCUAUGAGAUACUACUUACUUUUUCAUGUGCCACAGUAGUAAGAAUAUGUAAAUCUACAACUUUGUCUCUUUCACAUGGUUUGUUUUAUUUUGUGAGAGGUGCAGUCACCUUGUAUUCUGCUGUAAAAGACCAUGGAAUAUUCCUUGUGCCGAGAACCAUGAUACUGAAUUAUGUGGCCAUAUAUUUGUGUGUUCUGCUGUCUAAAAGGACAGAAAGAGUCGGUAAGAAUUGCUGUCAUUUGAAGGAGUUUAUCAGAAUAACUAAUUUGUACACUGCCAGAUUAAAAAAAGAAGUUCUGAGAUUUAUUUGCUUAUGAGGCACACACUAAUGCUAUAUGGAAAAGGUGUGACUUUUUUUCUUAGGACCCUUCUGUGAUUGUGUUUAGAAGCAUUAAGGACUGAUUACCACCGGAGGUGUCAGAACGUAGACUACAGACUGACAUUUUCAUGGAUAACAUCAGUUGGUCUAAGAAUAACCAGAACAUAACAUAGAGACUGUAAGAAAAAGUUUUAUAAAAAUGAUAGGUGGACUGGUAGAUAAGUGUGACUGUUCAGUGUGUGUCAGUGAACAGUAAGACCCUCCUCAGCAAGAAUGUACAGAACUUGAGCCCAGAGUUGUGCCUUAACAUCUUUACCCCUACCCUCAACAUACACUUUGUUUCCUUGUGUUAGGGACCAAAGACAGUAAGGCAAAAGUAAGAGCCUCCAUCAGAGCUUGGCAGAAACAAAGCAGAGAACGUAUGAUAAGGAUGCCUGUGGCAGUGGAAGGAAGCGUGGAGUCUUAUGCCAAUCAGAAACUGACCGUACCUCCAAAUGAAGGUCUAAGGUCAUUUUUGCACACUUUUUAACACGUUAAUGACACUAAUAUGCAAGGUUUUGUUGUGUGUGUGUAUGUGUGUGUAUAUGUGUGUUUCUGAGAUUUUUUUUUAAAUAAAGGGACUAUGAAAGUAAGCUAAACUGUUAAAAUAUUAUUUUACUUUCCACCUACCUAUAUCUAAAUUGCAAAGGAAGAAGGAAAAUGUUCAGCAAUUUAGCACUGAAGUCCUCCUUUCUUUAUUGCCAUUCAUGUAGGGUUUGAAUUUGUGCACAGCCAGAUUUAACAUUUAUAAAUAUACAAAUAAUAAUAAUAAACAUGAAAUAAAACCAUGAAAAGCCUUA